AUGAUUCUUCUUCUUCUUCUCUGUGUUCGAACCUCUGAGCUGAUCUCCAAACACGACUCGUCUGUGUGGCUGAGGAACGGGAUCCAGCAGGGCCCCGAGGUGCCCCCCCUCCCACCCGGAGGCCUCGGCAGUGAGGAUGAUGAAGAUACCUACGAGGAAGCAGAACCUUACCUGCCGAGCACGACCACAACUAAUGCAGAUAAGACGGACUCGGACAGCAGCCACUACGAGUCGUACGGAGAGGAAGAGGAUGAUGAGGAUCUGGUGAAGGACCGAGCUCACUACCUCCAGUGGAGUGCCUCGCAGCCCUGCCUGAGGCCCACGCCAGAGUCCCGCCUCUGUGGAUACCUGUGGAAGAGGAAGUGGCUCGGACAGUGGACCAAACAGCUGUUCAUCAUCAGGAACGACGUGCUGCUGUGUUAUAAAUGUGCCCGGGACCUGCUGCCCCAGCUGGAGUUGAGUCUGCGUGGCUGUCAGCUUGUCUACAAGACGAAGACCAACAGGAAGAUCCAACACCAGCUGAAACUGGUCCUACUGGGCUCAGAGACGCUGGUGCUCGGAUACAACAGCUUCCAGCAGGCCGACGAGUGGAGGAAGGUGAUAGAGGAGGUGAGUGUUGGAGGUGAGACGGAGAGACGGAGGUCUUCAUGUCACAUUAGAUCAAGCCAGCUGCUGUCCUGCAGGUCCAGUACAGUCCUGGUUGAGUCUGACGAGGAGAGACCUUUAACUCACUCCAGCCUCAAAAAGAACAAAGGCUUCCUGAACGUGCUGAUGAACUGUCAGUGGCAGAGUUUACUGUGUCAGGUGGAGGCGGGACUCCUCAACAUGUUCGCAGAGGAGAAUGAGGAUGAGGAGGAGGAUGAGGAGGAAGGAGGGGAGGUGAGGAGGGAACGGUCUCCUCAGUACACCGUCCAGCUCCGAGGGUGUGAGGUCCGACCGGGGCCCGACACAGACCGCUCCUACAGGAUCACACUGAGCAUGCACGGAGACCAGGUGGCUGUUCUGGAGGUCAGUAGUUCAGGUGAAAAGGACCGAUGGCUGCAGCUGCUGCGGGACGGAGCUGCCCAUCAGGGUCACCAUGACAACAGCAAAGCAGAGCACCCAUGUGGAGCUCUCAGCGGUCUGCAGACGAGGAGGUUUCCCACCUCCAACACCUACAUGGACGACCCCUUCCACCUGGGAGGAACAGGCCGAGACCCGCCCAUCUACUCCAACACCUCCAUACUGGAGCACAUGCUCCACAGCUCUCAGGAUUCAGUUCGCUGCAGCUCCAUAUCGUCCAGAGACUCAGUGACCUACAGCAACACUGUCUUCACCACACACAACAGGAAGGUGGGUGAGAUGGAGCGAAGCAUUCAAAAGCUGGAGCUGACUGGGAAGAAAGGGGUGCAGCUGAGGGCGGGGUCAGAGAUAAACCUGGCGUCUGCCGGGAAGCAAAACAAACGCACCUCUUUCAGACAGUCGCUGGCCGUCUGCACUGAGCGCGCUCAGGCGGGUUUCCUAAGUCCUCUGCUACGACGGACGGCCUCGGCUAAAACCUCUCUGAGACGAGCUCCUUCAGCGCUGUUCAUCGAGCACGGAAAGGUUUUCGAGAGGAGGAAGGAAUGGGAGACCAAAGCUGCUGCCUGACACCGACCGGCCAAUCAUCACAUGCCAACUGAUAACACACACACACACACACACACACACACACACACACACACACACACACACACACAACCACACACACACAACCACGAAGACAUAAGGGCACAAAACGUCCAAAAUCAAAUGAGAUCAAUAUUCAAAAGUCAGUUUGAAAAAGGAAAGAGGGCAAAAAAAAACCCAAAACCUUCUAACUAAUAAAAAUCAUCUGUUAUUUAUUAUCUAUAGUUUACAGAUAAAUGUUUUAAUAUUACAUGAUGUUGGAUUAAUGCAGAGGAAUGAGCACAGAUCACAGGACGUGUUGCCAAAUUCAGGAAAACAGUGUUGUGUGUAUAUUUAAUAUUUCCACAUUUUCAGAUUUCCAGAAGUUAUUGUUUCAUUUGUUUUAUACAUAAUACACACACACACACACACACACACACACACACACACACACACACACACACACACACACUAAUUUAUUAACGUUUCAAUUUCCAUGUUAAUCUGAGUUAGUUUUAGUCCAAUUAAAGUCUUUCAUAUUUCAAUAUUUUAAACAAUAAUUUAAGAUUUUAUAAGAUGUUUCUCACAGAAGUAGACGAACAUACAUAUUUUCCAAAUGAGCCAAUUAUUUUCCUUCUUUAAAGAUUUAUGACUAAAACGCUUUAUGAAGUCAUGCAUUGUUCUGUUUUCAGCCUACAAGUCCCAGAAUGCAUCACUGUAAGAAUCAACCAAUCAGAGACUUUAGAUUGUGUUGCCACGUAGCUGAAGGCGGAUGAAGUUAGAAGUUGAUCUGUGUAGAAUAUUCUAGCUCAGGGGUGUCAAACAUGUGGCCCGGGGGCCAUGUGCGGCCCGCCAAGGGGUGUGAUCCGGCCCACCUGUGCCAUCCUGUGUUCUUGUCCUUCCUUCCUACCUUCCCUUUUUCCUUUCUUCCUUCUGUCCUUCCUUACAUCUGUCCUUCCUCCCUUUCUUCCUUCUGUUCUUCCUUCCUCCCUCCCUCCCUCCCUUCUGUCUGUCCUUCCUUCUUUCCUUUCCUUCCGUCUGUCUGUCCAUCCUUCACUGUCUGUCCUUCCUUCCUUCCUUCCUUCCUUCCUUCCUUCCUUCUUUUUAAUGAUCCAGCCCACAUCAGAUCAAAUUGGACUGUAUGUGGCCCUUGAAUGAAAAUGAGUUUGACACCUCUGUUCUAGCUUCUCAAAACGUGUCUGAUACGUUAACUAUCAGUAAAUAUAUUAAUCAUCUAAAGAAUAACAGCUGUUAAUAAAAUAAUGACAGUAUUGAAUCAAAAGAAGCUUUAAACAUUAAAACAAAUCAGAGUUGUGAAUUUUCAGAAGCACAUUAGUUGUUUAAAUGAUUUGUGUUGUUUCCUUUAA